CCGGCGCACACGCGCACACGGCGGAGCGCGCCGCCGCCGCGGGCAGCCCGGGCUCCCCGUCCUGAGGAGAAAGCUCGCGGGGACUGCGGCCUCCCAGGACGGGCCGCAAGCCCAGCCGCCAUGAGUGAAAUUCAUGAGGACUCCUUGAAGGCCAUUCUGUUGGAGUUAGAAUGUCACUUUACAUGGAAUUUACUUAAAGAAGACAUUGAUCUGUGUGAAGUGGAAGACACAAUUGGGCAACAGCUUAAAUUUCUUACCACAAAAUCCAGACUUACUCUUUAUAACCUAUUGGCCUAUGUGAAACACCUAAAAGGCCAAAAUAAAGAUGCCCUAGAGUGCUUGGAACAAGCAGAAGAAAUAAUCCAGCAAGAACACUCAGACAAAGAAGAAGUACGAAGUCUGGUCACUUGGGGAAACUAUGCCUGGGUGUAUUAUCACAUGGACCAGCUUAAAGAAGCUCAGAUGUAUAUAGACAGGGUAGGGACUGUCUGCAAGAAAUUGUCCAGUCCUUCCAACUACAAAUUGGAGUGUCCUGAGAUUGACUGUGAGAAAGGGUGGGCGCUCUUGAAAUUUGGAGGAAAGUAUUUCCAAAAGGCUAAAGCAGCUUUUGAGAAGGCUCUGGAAGCGGAACCUGACAAUCCAGAAUUUAACAUUGGCUAUGCCAUCACGGUGUAUCGGCUGGAUGAUUCUGACAGAGAAGGGUCUGUAAAGAGCUUUUCUCUGGGCCCUCUGAGGAAGGCUGUUACUCUGAACCCAGACAACACCUACAUUAAAGUUUUUCUGGCACUGAAGCUUCAAGAUGUACAUGCAGAAGCUGAAGGGGAAAAGUAUAUUGAAGAAAUCCUGGACCAGAUAUCAUCCCAACCUUAUGUCCUUCGUUAUGCAGCCAAAUUCUACAGGAGAAAAAAUUCCUGGGACAAAGCUCUUGAACUUUUGAAAAAGGCCUUGGAGGCGACACCAACCUCUUCUUUCCUGCAUCACCAAAUGGGACUUUGCUAUAGGGCACAAAUGGUCCACAUCAAGAAGGCCGCUCGCAACAGACCUAGAGGAAGGGAUAAACUGAAAGUUGAUGAGCUGAUUACAUCUGCCAUAUCUCAUUUUGAAAUAGCUGUGGAGCGAGACUCUAUGUUUGCGUUUGCCUACACGGACCUGGCCAACAUGUAUGCUGAGGGAGGUCAGUAUAACAAAGCUGAAGAGAUUUUCCAGAAAGCCCUUCGUCUGGAGAACAUAACUGAUGAUCACAAACAUCAGAUCCACUACCAGUAUGGCCGCUUUCAGGAAUUUCACCGUAAAUCAGAAAAUACUGCCAUCCACCAUUAUUUAGAAGCCUUAAAAGUCAAAGACAGGUCAUCGCUACGCACCAAACUGACAAGUGCUCUGAAGAAAUUGGCUGCCAAGAGACUUGGUCACAAUGCUUCAGAUGUGCAGAGUUUAAGUGCCCUAGGGUUUGUUUACAAGCUGGAGGGAGAAAAGAGGCAAGCUGCUGAGUACUAUGAGAGGGCCCAAAAGAUAGAUCCAGAAAAUGCAGAAUUCCUUACUGCUCUCUGUGAGCUUCGACUUUCCAUUUAAAUACAUACUCUAGGAAAUUAAUGGUAAGCUUUUCUCUCCAUUUGAGUUCUUAUAUUUUUGUUUAUUGUUUUAAUCCAUUGUUCAUUGUAGAGCCAAUAUUAUUGAAUGGUCAUUAUGCACCAGGCAUUAUGCUAAAUACUUUAUAUACAUUAUUAUGGAUCUUUUGCUAUUUUCUAUUUUAAUUAAAAUAUUGUAAUCCAUUGAGAAA